GCCACGACUGGCUAGUGUGCUGCGACCGGCGCACCGUGCCGAUCCGAAGGCAGGAGCCAGGUGCUUCUCCUGGUCUCCCAUAGGGUGCAGGGCCCAAGGACUUUGGCCAUCCUCCACUGCCUUCCCGGGCCACAGCAGAGAGCUGGCCUGGAAGAGGGGCAACCGGGAAAGAAUCUGGCGCCCCGACCGGGACUAGAACCUCUUGUGCCGGUGCCGAUAGGUGGAGGAUUAACCUAUUGAGCCGCAGCGCCGGCCUGAACAAAUCUUUAAACAUAAAUAAGUUAAGGACAGCUUUCCUAAGCAGUCAGGCUCACAAAGACAACAGAUGAUCUUACAGACGGCGACGAGAGAUCACGCUGAGGACAGCAUCGUAACUCAGAGUUCCGCUCAAGGACUGGCCGCCCGUUCUGGAAGUCUGCUGGGUCCAGGCAACAUUACAAAAGAAAAUGUGACGCCUGUUUUUGGGGUCAGGGGGCCAAGCUGAUCCCAGUUAAGGAGAUCGUCCCAUUCUUCAGAACCACCACACAUCGGGACAAGAGGAGAAAAUGCCCCACCCAAGAGACAACCCUGCAAAGCUUUGCCAGGGCGUCUGUCAGGGAGAGCCCGGUUCCAAUGGGAGUCGGCUUCAGCAGAGUGCCCCGCCCACUGGAGGGCCCGACAGCACCUUCUCAGCAAGGAGAGUGGCACCACAAGUCUUUCAGGCCAGUGUGGUUCCAAGAGGGGUGGUCAGUUGAGAAGCAGGGAGAGAGGGAGCCCCCCAAGAUGGAAUGGAAGGGGUCCUCCGCUCCCAGGGCGAGCACGGGGCCUCCCCAUGCCACCAGAGUGACCCACACAUGGGCAAGCUCCCGGGCCAGAGACGGGGGGAAGGGCUGGGAGUGACCAGGAGGCCAACAGCAGGCAUGGAUUCUCCCGGAGGAGCUGCUGCCACCUAUGGCGCCACAUGUGGGAGGUUGGUUCCUGGCGAUCAGAGAAGCUACCAAAACGUCUCGGGACACAAGCAGCCAAGGCCAGUGGCCCCAGUGAGGAAAAAAAUUCAGCAGGGCAGUCGGCGAGCAGAGUUAGGCUUACUGAGCACGCUGCAGGGGAGCGGUGGGCAGCCCGGCCAGAGGCUGGCCGCGGCAUCACGGACGACCAUCUAAGGCGCGAACCUGUGACAGCACUAUCUUCACGAUCCAGUGGCUGUCCCAGGCAAGGGACUGGCGGUUUGAAGUGGAGCUGGGGAGCGGGCACCGCCCUUAGCUUCGGGAUUUGCCCUGUGCCCCUGGGGGAGCCUCCACACUAUGUACCUAUGGGGUAGAGUGUGACCCGCAACGGGGUCAUCACAGAGCUGACACUACCCAGCGUCCACUUCGACAGAACCGUCACUGCCAGUUACCUUGGUUCCCACGCCGUCCUGGGUGCCUGGUGCACGCGCCCCCUUCACUGGGGAGCUACAAGCGCUCCACGGAGUGAACUGAAUGGCCUGGCGUCACAAGAGCCUCCAGCUGAGGCUCCGUGCAGAACAGGCAAACACCAGCCCCUGGCCCCCAUUCCCAGGAACGGAACAGUCCUGGGGGAGGGGCUCGAGGGCCCCUGGGGAGGGAACAGGAGUCAGAGCAAAAUGGCUCAGAGUCUCCACUGACCAGGGCUGGCCUUCCUCGGAGCCACUUUCUUCCAGGUGACUGGCUCCACCCAACGCCGGGGCCAACUUCCUCCAGCAGGCCCCACCCCCAAGCAGGUCCCUCUCAGGCAGUACACCGGAGACUGCCCCUGUGAGUGUGGCUCCUGAGGCAGAGGGGCAGGAGCCACUUGGGCUCCGAGCUGAGAGCUCUGGCAGUCUGUCCCUCCAGCUUCCACGCAUGGCUUUCAAGGAAGGACUCAGGGCCAGGAAGAAAACCCUCUGGCGGCUGAUCCUACUUGCACUUGGCCUCUUGGGCUUGCUCCUGUAUGGGCUCCCAGUCGUCAGGGCCCGGCCUGAAGUCCUGACCUGCACCUCCUGGGGGGCUCCCAUUAUUUGGGACGGCACCUUUGACCCAGAUGUGGCCCAGCAAGCGGCAGGAGAGCGGAACCUCACCAUUGGGCUGACUGUCUUUGCUGUGGGCAGGUACCUGGAGAAGUACCUGGCGCGCUUCCUGGAGACGGCAGAGCAGCACUUCAUGGUGGGCCAGCGCGUGCUGUACUACGUGUUCACCGAGCGCCCCACCGCCAUGCCACGCCUGGCUCUGGGCCCCGGACGCCGGCUGCACGUACAGCGCGUGGUGCGCGAGCAGCGCUGGCAGGACGUGUCCAUGGCUCGCAUGUCCACGCUGCGCGCCGCGCUGGCCGGGCGGCUGGGCCGCGAGGCGCACUUCGUGCUGUGCAUGGACGUGGACCAGCACUUCAGCGGCGCCUUCGGGCCCGAGGCGCUGGCCGAGUCGGUGGCGCAGCUGCACGCCUGGCACUACCACUGGCCGCGGCGCCUGCUGCCCUUCGAGCGCGACGCGCGCUCGGCCGCCGCGCUGGCUCCGGGCGAGGGCGACUUCUACUACCACGCGGCCGUGUUCGGGGGCAGCGUGGCGGCGCUGCGCGGGCUGACGACGCACUGUGCGCGGGGCCUGCGGCAGGACCGCGCGCGCGGCCUCGAGGCGCGCUGGCACGACGAGAGCCACCUCAACAAGUUCUUCUGGCUGCACAAGCCCGCCAAGGUGCUGUCGCCCGAGUUCUGCUGGAGCCCGGAUAUUGGCCCGCGGGCCGAGAUCCGCCGCCCGCGCCUGCUCUGGGCGCGCAAGGAGUACGCGCUGCUGCGCACCUAGCGCCACCGCCAGAUCCCGGGCGUAGCCCGCCUGCCUGCCGGGGUUCUGCUGGCCCCGCGUGGCUCCUGUAGCUCCAGGAGGGUGUGGAGUGGGACCUGGGAGGAGGAUAGGCCCGCUAGCCGGGGUCCCGCGCAGAAGCCGCGUAUGAGCCUGGCCCCAGCCCUGUCUCCUUCCCGCACUUUCCUGCUGGGCUGAGCCACUGCUGGCCGCAGACCAGCAGUCUAGAGACCGGGCACCACUGACCUUGCCACCAUCAGCGAGCAGAUGCCACCUGUAAGGAUGUUUUCGCCUGACCCUCUUUUGUAAAAUAAAGAAACUGAGGCACGAAGAAAGAACGAACUGCCCGAGAAUCCUGGUGGGUCCCUGUGCUGUCCGCAGCGGAGAGCCGGGUUGGUCCCUGUGCCCAAACACGCUGCUGCAAAUCAGGAAGGCAGGCGGCCGGGUGGUGGCUGGUGCCCCGCAGGUGUCGUUUGUGUGCCUUAAGUACUAUCGGAAUAAAGUGUCCCAGAAGUGGC